AAUUCUUGAUGUUGGAUGUGUGCCGUAUGACUCCGGAUUAAUUUCUGCUUUAAUUGAAAGAUUUGGGCAUGGAAAAGAAUUAUUCCCCUGCAACCAUUGCCAAAGCCUCUAAGAACCAAUCAAUUUGAGGCUUUAACUGCACUUGCACGUAAAUGGACGCGACGUAGAAAUCAUCAAAAUGAGGCACGAACUGUAAUCGGUGUGAUUAGGGAUGUACUUGAUAAUCUAACUGAUGAACAGGUAUUUAAUAUUAUUAGUAUCUUAUACUUUUCAUAUUUUAUUUUAUUUUAAAUAAGAAUAUAUUUUUUUCUGCCAAUGUUGUUUUUAUAAUUAUCUUACUUAAUUAUUUUUUUAUAGUUUAUUUGGCAGCCUUAUUCGGAAGAUGUUAUUAAUGGAUUGCCUGAGUGGUGUCGGUCAGGACAACGUGUCUGGAUGGCACAGGUGCCACUGAUUUAUGGAAUUUAUCGUGAGUGGCACAUGGUUGAUCGUGUUGUGAGACAGUUCGGUUAUUUACAACAUAUUCCUGGACCGUGUACCCAAUUUUCCGAAUAUCAUUUUAAGCGUGAUAAACGAUCAAAAAUAAAACAAGAAGAUAUAGAUGCAUUUAACUAUACACAAUAUUUAUGGGAACAACGUCAAAAUCGUAUAUUUCGACCUCCAUUUGUAAGUGAUCAAAUAGAUUACUUCCGUUGGUACAUGAGGCAUACCCGCAUGGUCAUUGGAAAUCCACAACAUGUUGUACAAAAAGGGUAUCAACACAUGGCAGGAAGACAUGAGGCAUUAGCUAGGGGUCAUGAAAUGCAGUAUCGUCGAGCUCGGAUGAUUGAAAAUGAUGAAAAUCAAUCUAAUGAAAUGAGACAAUAUGCAGCGGAAGUCGCUCGUAUUUCAAUGGAGUCAAUGAAUGCGGCCUUUCAGGGAACGCGAUUGAGCUUUGAUCAUGAUUACAAUCCUCCCACUCAAUACGAUGAACCACCACCAGUACAAGUAUCUCGCCGAUCACGACAAACAACACCGAGAGAGGGUGCUCGUCGAGGUAGAAGGAUCACUAGUGAAACAACUGAUUUUUCUGCAGGGCCCUCUAACACUAAUGUGGCGACUCCCGAGCCUUAUUAUCCCACAUUUGAUUUUUCUGUAGGGCCCUCUAACACUAAUCCGAAUUUUUCUAGUCAGCAAACAGUUGGUUUUGUAACUCCGCAGGUUCCAAUAUCUGGGUUUGCACAAUUUAGUGGUUCUCAAUAUGGUUUUCAACAUGGUAUGCGUGAAUUUCCGAUACAUAAUUCUCCAUUUGGUGGAAGAUUGAAUUUUUCGAAUGUAACUGCGUUUGAUGAUUCAAGAUUUAAUGCUGGGGCUUCACAAAAUUUAGUUCUUAAUAGACAAAAUCCACCUCGGAGAACAUCUAGGCUACACAAAUCAACUAGAUGUGGAACAGGCAGUCACAAUCAAAAUGAGGAAGAUUUUGAAAAUGAAGAUGAAAAUGAAGAUGAGAAUGAAGAUGUAGAAGAUUCUGAUUCAGAAGAAUAAUUUUUUUUAUGCACCUUUAUUCUAAAAGGCUGAAGAUUCGAAUUUUGAAAUAUGUAAAUUUUGUUGUUUCGUGCAAGUUUGAACAAAGUAAUGAGAUUAUGUUUGAACAAGUUUGCAGGAUUUACUUUUCUUUUUGUAAUAGGUCAAAUCAAUACUUUUUAUGUUAUGUCAAA